AUGGAGAGGACUAUGGUGAGAGCAAUAAGGAGGAAGCUGAAGGGUAGCGACGAGGAGAGUAAUGAGGAGAGUGACGAAGAGAACGACCAGGAGAACGAUGAAGAGAGCUGUGAGGAGGGCAAUGAAGAGAACGACGAGGAGAGCGACAAAGAAUCUGUCCCGGAUCUUGUUGAAAAUACAGGCGAGAACUCCUGGUGGGCAUUGUUCAACCAGGACAACAUCUCGGAUGAAUCGCUCUCGUACUCGGAUUUCCAGAACUUUGAUAGUUAUGACGAAGACGACAUGAGUGAUCAGAGCGUGGUAUCAAGAUGCUACUCUGAUGACAAGUUCCAGUGCCCCGGCUGUGAAACCCGUUUCGACUCUUUGAGUAGCAUGAUUCGCCAUGCCGAGGGGAACAAGUGCAGUGCUAAUAUUACCCAGGACCCGAUCAAGGCCUUUAUGUCUGAGGUGAGGCGGCGUAUGAUAGAGGGUGAACUCUUUUAA